AUGUCCAUCACCCUUCACCAAGAAGACAGUUUUGUCUCAAGGAGGUUGGCCCAAGUACGCACAGCAGACCUUGGAAGCACAAGAAGCGGUGGGCUGGGUACGCUGGCAGGCCCAGCUGUGGGGGCAUGGCCAUGGGGGGGCCGCAUCCCUUCCUCCUCCCUGCACCGGGACAGACGCUGGGGGUUUUGGGGUGGGGGUCCUUUCAGAGGUACGUCCAGACUCUCAGAGCUGAGGCCUUGGCUAAGCCGAGGUCAUAACGUGGAAGGGAGCGGAGCAGACAAAGGAGGACGGGUCAGAUGUUCCCGCAGAGUCCUGGUUCUUCUCGGCUCGCUGGUUCUCGUCUUUCUCACCUCGCUGUUUUUUUCCGUCUCGCUCCGGGGAAGCGUCGGCUUCCACUACCUGGAGCCGCCCGGGUGGGAGGAGUCUAGGCGUGUGAAGCUGGUGCCCAGCUACGUGGGCGCACACAGGCUGUCCCCCCCUGAUGGCCAGCAACAGAAAACAUGUGCCUGCCCUCGCUGUGUUGGAGACCCUGGAGUGUCGGACUGGUUUGAUGAAAACUAUGACCCAGAUAUCUCACCUGUGUGGACCAGAGACAACGUCCAGCUGCCCUCUGAUGUCUACUACUGGUGGGUGAUGUUGCAGCCCCAGUUUAAACCUCACAGCAUCCAGCAGGUGCUACUAAGGUUGUUCCAGGUGAUUCCCGGAAGAUCCCCCUAUGGCUCAUGGGAUCCAGGACGAUGCCUGCGGUGCGCCGUGGUGGGGAACUCGGGAAACCUACGCGGGGCCGGGUACGGGGCGACCAUAGACGAACACAACUACAUCAUGAGAAUAAACUUGGCCCCUACGGUGGGUUACGAGGUGGACGCCGGCAGCCACACCACUCACCACUUCAUGUACCCAGAGAGCGCCAAGAACCUGGCGGCCAACGUCAGCUUUGUCCUGGUACCUUUUAAGACACUGGAUCUCGUUUGGAUUACCAGCGCGCUGUCAAGCGGCCAGAUUCGAUUCACCUACGCUCCAGUGAAGCAGUUCCUCCGUGUGGAUAAAGACAAGGUCCAAAUUUUCAACCCAGCAUUCUUUAAAUACAUCCACGAUCACUGGACCAGGCAUCAUGGCCGCUACCCGUCCACAGGCAUGCUAGUGCUCUUCUUCGCGCUGCACGUCUGCGAUGAGGUGAAUGUGUUUGGAUUUGGGGCGGACAGCCGUGGAAACUGGCACCACUACUGGGAGCAGAACCGUUACGCUGGGGAGUUCCGAAAAACGGGGGUCCAUGAUGCAGACUUCGAAGCGCAGAUCAUUCAGCGGCUGGCUCAGGCCGGAAAAAUCACCGUAUUCCCAGGGAAAUAAGUCAAGAACACGGCUGGUUAUUUGAGGAUACUUGAUAGAAAGCUUGUUUGGUCAUCGACACCGUGGUGUGUUUAACAGUCACAAGUUUGGGUUUUAAGAAAAGUCAUUGCAGCGACACAUCAUAUCAGACUCAAGUAACUAACCCACAAGUGACAUAUUGAUACAAAAUAUAUGCUAACAAAGUCAUGGGGACAUCCCAUUGCCAAGACUGAAAGACCAGUGCUUACUUUCACAACCAACUUCAACUCAGGAGUGAAAGAUCCAUGUAACCAUGACUGUGAUCAGGAACUGGGCUCAGCACCGAGAGCUUGAGAAGAGAGCCGUGUUGUUUUCCACGGAUUGAUGAAGCUAGUCCUCCACUAUUUACAUAAAUACAGUUUGCGUCUAGCAGGAAAGAGCAGCAUCAGCAGUCUACAGGACCGUUGUUCUGCAGCCUUGUUGUUUCCAAUAGCAACAAACCACUGAGCUGUGGAUGUUGACCACCACAAGGUGCUGCACCGUAGGCGUGCAGACAGACAGUCAUGAAUCUCCGAAUAAAAGCAGUGAGAUUUUUCAUUUCUCACAGUGCUUUAAGCUUUUUGGUGGGAAAGUAGUUCCUCUAACAUCUUCUACAGAGGCGAGUCCUCUGGGUUAACCUUGUGUGACUGGGAUGGCUUUUCACUUCAGCAGGUGAUUACUGGGAGUUCAUAUGAAAAAUUUCGACUCUUUGCGAAACCUCACACAGUAUUUACACCUCUGAGGGAAGAUCUGGGAGUACGAUGAUUUGACUGCGUGAGGAUUUUGUGCUAGGAUGGAUGCACGCUGGUUUCUGGAUCAGACUUUUAAUAAUCCCCAUGUGGUGUGUCACGGUCUAAUUUAAGAGCCAAAACACGGCAAAGCCAGCACAGCAAACACAUUAUUUGGUCCGGGGUCGAUGUUGUUUUGCGAGUUCUGCUGCGACUUUGUGCUCUACGAUAAACUGCAGUGGCUUUUGAAAACUGCGACUCCACUUUUGUACCCUGGUGAAUUUAGCUCAUUCCAGAUUAGUGCCCAUAUGAAAGACUGGAAGAAGACAUGAAAUCAUUGAACCUGACAGCCUCAUCGACUGCUCGCCCAGGUAUCUGCCAUUAAAAAACUCUCUGGAGGGGGUAUAGAGCCACCAGACGCCUUAGAAAUGACCAUAUCACUUGCAUAUCCUGUUCUGUUCAAGACAAGUCACAUUCAUUUUGAUUGUUUUACGUGGUUUGUUACUUUCACAAAUGAUAUUUAGGUUUAUUUCAUUUUGAUGUCAAGCGCUAUCACAAGGAAACAGAUGGGACAUAUCUACAUUUUUGCUACAUGAAAAAUAUCUAUAGCGCUCUCAUAACUGUUUAAAGAUAUUAGACUUACCCACAGAAUGUUUCCUAGCAGACGCGUUUCCUGACUAUUUGUCUUUAGCUUUGUAUUUAGCAUAAAGGAUAUGACAACGGUAUAAAUCUUUUAGCAUUUGCAGUCAACGGUAGGGUUGAGCGAUACUGCACAUUUUGGUAUGGAUGCGAUACCAAGUAAAUGCAGGGCCAGUUUUGCUGAUACAGAUACUUUUUACCUGUCAUUUUUCAAGAUCCUUGAAUGAUUUUGCCUUUAAAGCUGUUGAUGAUUCUAAUCAGAAUAAAAUGCAAGAAAAGAUUUUGGGCAAAAAAUAUAUUAUCAACAAACUUGUUUGUGAACAAUUUAAAAAUUUACAAACACAACAAAUACUUUCCUGAUCACAAUGUUAAGACCAGUUGAAAAAUUGCAUGAAUUUAGACUUUGCACGGUUGGAUCUUGAGGUUCAACGUACUGUAGAGCUUAAAAAUGCAAAGAACAAGUGGGAGUAAUACAAAACAAAAAACUUGAGUAAGCAAUUUAUUGCAAACAAGCAUGAAAGUGAAACAGGCUGUUCAUCCUCAGCUGAUAUAAAGUUUAAGAUAUAACAUCAGCAGCAACGGCGCACUGCGAGAGGCCUUGCUUAUAUAAAUCUAGAGUCCUACGAAGAACACACAACCUCAUCAAGGACAGCACACAUCCACAACUCUCAUUCUUCACACUCCUACCGUCAGGCAGACGCUACAGGAGUGUGAAGUCCAGGACCACCAGGCUGGCAAACAGCUUUUACCCACAGGCCAUCAGGCUUCUCAACGAAGCACUCACACACGCUGCUUUUAAUUUAUUGGUAUUCAUGUUUCUUCUGUUCUUGUUGCUUUUAAUUUAUUGGUAUUCAUGUUUCUUCUGUUCUUAUUCCUUUUCUUGUGUUUUCUUUCUUUUUUUUUAGGGAGAAUGAACAAAAUAAGAAUUUCAUUGCGUAGUAUAACUACCUGUUUUACUGUGCAUACGUCAAUAAAACUCUUGAAUCUUGAAUCUUAUGCAGCUCAACAAUCGAACCACGUUCAAAGAGAGAAAGCUUUUUUGCCUUUGCCAUCAACAGAUCAGGA